AUGCUGGCAACAUGCUUUGUGCAACCCUUGGAUGUGGUGAAGAACAGAUUGCAAUUAAGUGGAGAAGGAGGGGCGCCUAGGCUCUACAACAGUUCCUUUGACGCCAUCAGGGCCAUCUAUGUGAAGGAAGGAUUUAAUGGCUUGUUUGCUGGUCUUUCAGCAGGGUUGCUAAGGCAGGCAACAUACACUACUACCAGGCUUGGGAUCUAUACUACUCUCUUGGAUAGGGUCAGGGCUAGGAACCAGGGGGAAAAUCCUAAUUUUGCUUCUUUGUUGGCUAUUGGUCUUGUUGCUGGUGGUUGUGGGGCAGUCGUUGGAACCCCCGCUGAGAUUUCCCUCAUACGAAUGUGUGCUGAUGGCAGGUUACCAAAAGAACAACAGAGAGGGUACACCAAUGUGUUUAAUGCUUUGUCAAGAAUAACGAAAGAAGAGGGAAUUGCCACAUUGUGGAGGGUAUGGCUACUUUAUGUGAUAUUUCAGUUAUUCUGA